AUGCCCUGGGGAGUCAAGGCGACAGCAGUCCAUGUUGCCUGGCCUCUGGACGCGACUGGACGACUGACAUCCCAGGACGGAAUCACUGACCUUUGGUGUCUGCUGGGUUUCACGCCGGAGGGAGCCCUUGCUCAGUCGCGCACUAGCCUGGCCUCACACUGCAGCGGUUCGGCGGCGCUGAUCGUCAGCUGGGGUGAAGGCGCCUGGAAGCUGCCCCUUCAGUCUCACAGUGCAUCCUGUUAUGGUGGGCGAGAUUUACACACGACGGACAUCACGGCAGUGUUAUUCUACAAACCAUCGGCUACAGUAAUUACCGCUGACUCCAUCGGAGCCAUAAAGGUAAUGAACCUUCUGGUCUACUCAUCUGAGUCAUUGUUUAAAAGCCUACUUACGUCUGCUCGGUUGGAUUUUUCGGAAUGCGACAAUGUUAGCGAAUAGCGAAUUGUUCCUCCUCUGCAAGAUUUGCAGAAGUUAUGAUUGCUUCGAAGCUGGCAAGGAAGUCCAACUGCCUGGAAUGGAGCGGAUUAUACCUCAUUCCUUUAGUCUGCAUAUCCACGUAUUUGGGACCCUAUGCGAGGUCGUCACUCGUGUCUCAAAGUCUGAGCGAUUUAAAAAGAGGGGCAUUUUAAAUAAAAAAUAAAUGAACAUUCCGUGGCAGAGUUGCAACACAAACAAAAAAACAAAACAAAGUUGUAACACGAACAAACAAGCAAAACAUACAAAAUUACGAAUCUACCCAUAGAUUUCUAACGGCGACCGAAGAGAAGGUGCAACUUGUCAUUCAUUGUCCUUGCUAGUCAAGUAUUUAGCUAAUCAGGAAUGGGUGUAUACUGAUAUAUUAGAAUCACCAAUUGAUGAGGCACUGAUGAUUUUCGGUUCGAAGAUGCGCUUAUGGCUCAUCUGCACUCUGCACGAGCGAAUGUUGUCGUUUCUGGUCCCGGCUAUUGGCUAUGGUUAUGACUGGCCGAAAGAAGGCAAGAUAUACCCGAAACAGUAUUGUAGCAAUUUACCCGCAUUCUCUGUCUUUCCACCCCUCCGCUAUUAUGACUUAUCCGAAUUCGGCAGGGUAGUUGAUUGCCGGUUCAUGACAUUUGCCACCCGCAGUGGGCUUGUUUGCCCCAGGAUGUCAAUAGGUUAGUGUGCGCGCAUUACGGACUGGAUAUAUAUGCAUGUGUAUGCGCAUACAUAGAUAUUGGAAGGGUCUGCUAGCCCCGUUGUGUUUUGGGGCUCGAUCUAGAACCCGGCAGGGAGUCGCAUAGCAACUGGUAAUAUAUCACGAACGAGCUUACCGACAGAGACAAGCUAUACGGAAAUUACAAUUUCUGGCAUUUAGCCUUCAACAGCCACCCAUGCAGGACCCCAGAUUUGAUGCUCCUGGGACUAGAACCCAGUAUUUUGUCACUGUGUCGAGCGUUCUACUAUUAAAGCUAUCGGCUCGUUGCCCUGUCCGUUGCGAUCGGGCAUAUUAGCUUAGUAGUAACUAAGUAGUAACUGGGAAACAAUACUGCAAAUAUGUAGGUAGUAUUCCCCAUUUCAAACUGGGGCUGAAUAUGGUUGGCUGAUGACGGCUAAUACGCCAAAAGUGGUCAUUUCAGUCCCUUUCACUUUGGCGGCAAUCUUUUUCUGCAUAUAUAUAUAUAUACAUACUACGCGCCGCUGUGCGGUUACUAGCGGGUCCGGAGAGAGAUCCCAAAGCACAACGGGACGUUUGAGUUCCUUAGCGCGAUCGUUGUACGCUCCUCUACAAGUUUUUAUAUGCCCGACCGCAGCCGACAGGAAAACGAGCCCGUGGUUUAGUGGUUAGAGCGUUGGAAUUCUGACAAACAAACCAUGAGUUCGAACCUCGGGGGUUUCAUACUCCGGGGCCGGCCAUGACUGUCUGAUGACGGCCAACAAACCAGAAAUGACCAUUCCAGUUUCCCUUGCCCUCGCCGAUAAUGUUAUUCACUCAAGAAUGGGCGCACACCAAUCCAUUGGCUUUCCGAAGCAAAAAAGGUUCGUAUGAGUGAUAGGGAUCACGAACAGGCAACAACCUACCUGUCCGAAGUCGGUCAGUCUAUGACAACAGAGACGACAAAGUCUGGGGGGACUUGUUUGUCUUCAUCCAGCCAACCAUAACCAUGAUCACCAGCUGGGACCGGAAGCACAAACAUGUACUCACACACCUGAUGCAGCUGGUCCAUCACUAGGGUCAAACAGAUGGGCUAUAGGUUCUUCAUCGGACCAAAGUUCAUCAGUGCCUCGCCACCUGCCAUAUAUACAUAUAUGGUGCUAGAGGAGUGCUCACUGAUCGUGUUACGGAACUCACUCGUCCUGUUGUGCCUUAGGGCUCUCUCUCUCGAGCCCACCCAACAGUCGCAGAUCGGCGCAUAAUACAGGCGGUGGUUAGAAAGCCCGUGAGGCCUCCAGGUGCCCGCACCACGUAAAAACCGAACGCAUAGCUUCCGUCCUGCAGUCGGGAGAGAUCAGUGGGCACAACUUCCAAGUGAAACUCAACAUCCUCAAAGGCAGCAGACUGUGUGGACACUCAGCUCUGUUGGUGGAGUUAAGCUCAGUGGUCAGCUGAGCACCGGUUUAGCUCUCAAGUCUUUUUAGACUGAGAUUUUGCGUCGGCUAGCGGACGGCGACAAACAAAUCGGAUGUAGUCAGGAAAAGGCUGCUAGCAUUUUUCUUGCUUCUCCUCGACUGCUGACUGGUCACCUCUCUCCCACUCCUCUAAAAAUUAUUGAGACCGAAUUGCUGAGGCAAAAGAGAACGUCAGACCGUUGUCUUUCAUUCAGGCCGGACCGUCAAAUACCACUCCCAUGUGACCUCACACAGUCGUCUAGCAAGUCUUAUUCUGCGGGUUUGAGAUUGUGGCGCCUGAUGCUUCACUCCUGAGUGCCAGUCUCUGUCAAAAAGCACAUCUGCCUUUAUUAUGAAUCAGGUCAGAAUGGCAGCUAAACUGUUCUGUUAAUGUGAAAUGCACCUACUGAUUAACUGUAGCCAACCUUUGUGAAGGCAUUACUGAAUGCUCCAAUAACUUCUUAUACUGCCGCUAUUUAUCUUCUAAGCCGACAAAACUGCUAAAAAUAUUGUUAUUAUUCUUCUUCUGGACUCGAACAAAUUUUAGGAGUACCGGAAAUAAUGUAAUCUUGUGGACUUGAUUUGAAUGUUAUUUAUCAAACGUUUAUAUCUGCUCCAUUUAAACUAUGCGUGUUUGUAGGUCGGUUAGGCCUUGUUUUUUAGAUUUGCAUAUACGUUUUGUUUCUUAGAUUAAAUCUAAAAAAAUGAGAGACAUGGAGUCAUUGUUCGGCAUUGUAUGCUGUGCGAAUUUCGCAAGCGAAACAAUGCAACAACAGACACCAACACAAUUCGUGGUGUUAAUCCUAAUGCUUUAGAUUUCCACGGAUGCCAGCAUUGGUUUGCGAAAUCCUAAUUAGAUGGUUUAGACAAUGAUCUUCGCGUUCAUCGUUGAGGCAGAUCCCUGUCAGAUAAAUGAGGAAUUAUUAGAAGAACAAUAUUUCUCAUGGUCUACUGUUCAGGGAGUUUAGUGGAUAAGAGGCUUGAGACCAAGGCCGAUCUUUGAUAAAAAAAAAAACAAGGUCUAACGUUCCAAAACCUGCAGUUUUUUUGUUAAGUAGGCAGUGGAGGGAACUAAUUCUACAUCGAAUUGCCGGUGGGGAUGAGAAAUGGACUUUACUUUAAUGACAACCUCAAACGUCAAUGACUUUCCACAGGUUAGACACUAGUCCCUACACCAAAAUUAGGCCCAUGACUCCAGAAAAUCUUGCUUUGUUUUUGGUGGAGUAUGGGAGGCAUACUUCGCCUUGGGCUACUAGAACAAGGUCAGACCGUAACUACAAACAUCUCCUGUCACCAUUUAGAACGUCUGAACCAAGCACUUGCCUUUAAUGAUCCAACGCUAAUUAAUAUAAAAGAUGUAAUUAUACUGCAUUUUCAAGUCAACCACAUUCGGUCCGACAGACAGUGAACAACACAGAGGAUUUAUGAUUGCAUUUUUUACCCCAUCCACCCUACUUAAUUGAUUUAGCCAGGCGGUCAGUCUUUUCUCAGAUCUCUGCAGCGCGUCCGGGAAGAAAAACUUCCAAAUGUCGGUGAUGCCAAACUGGGCUCUUGGAAUUGUUUGCAACAAAAAAAUUACCUUUCAAAGAGAGGGUUUUGGGAACUUGCUUUCAAGAUGGACAACAGCGGUCGAUAACAAUGGCAAUUAUAUAACUCAAUAAAAUUUUUUUGCGGUAAACAGUUCAUGUACCGUCUGUCUAAAAAACAUCGUUUUCCAGUAUCCUCAAAAAGUAGUGUAAUGAUCUGAAGCUGUGAAUUUGCAUAAAAGCAGGGAGGAUUCCGAUGCGUUCAUGGUCAUGGUAAUUGGUAGGUUUGUACCAAGACAUUAUGUGCCCAAAGGAUCCUUAUCAGUCAUAGCCGCACAUUAAUAAAAAAUAUCUAAAACAGAUAAUAACGGCAUACCGGAGGACGAUGUCCAUUGGGCUUCACUUCGACAGCCCUUUUGACGAGAGUGCUACUAGCUCCAAAAGCAUUCAGUUAAAUGUGUUAGGUGGGCCUUCUUAAACGUAUCCCAGAAGUACUAUCGCCUAUAAAUGCGAACUUAAAGCCUGUUUAUAUGCUCCAGACAUGGACAAGCGAGUUCCAAGCUCUGGGUUGCUUUGAACUUCCCUUGUACGCCUCACCCAUCGCCGCUAUCUGGCCACACCCCUUGAGCAUUGUCAAGGGGGAACACGCAACACCACCGCCCUGGAACACCUUCCUUCCAGCCAGUGUAGUUACCGCCUCUACGGACGGACUUCUGCAGAGUUGGUUGCUUCCACCCAGAGGAGAUUUUACGCCUGAGAAUCAGACUCCAACAAAGUUGAGUGCGAGACAACUUCCCCGUUUCCGUGUGCCUCCCCUAAAUCGUGACCCACACUACAUAUACGAGGUUGGCGAUGAUACAGAUGACAUUUUAGCGGUCUCGUGUGCGCCUUCGGGUUCAAGGAUCUACAGGAUACGGACUGAACAGGUAACUGCGGAAAGUAUACGGCUUGAGGUUUUGAAGCCCUGAAUGCAAGUAUAACAGCAGGUCGGGUUCAAAAUUAUUCGGGAAUUAGAAAAGAUUUUUAAAACCGAACUAUGCUCUUCUUUCAAGCAUAAAAUUGAAAGAGGACGUGAUUUUCUGCCAAAUAAAUAAAAGAAUGAAUAUUUUUAUGCAGUUUCUCCAUGGAAUAUAAUUGAAAGUUUAAGGGCAUCAAAAGUCUUGGAGAAAAUUGCAUGCUAUAUAAGCAGUCAUUUUUUGCAGAGUUUAGUUCUUGCAUGCUGUCGAAAAUAAGUUUAUUCGACUGCCGACACCCUGAGGUAACUGGAGAAUUAUAGAAUUAUGCUGCACGAUGAUUAUUUUUACAACUCUACUUAAUUAAUCUCUUCGAAGCGAGAAUGAAUUUCGAAAUUUAGGCCGCCAUUUCAUGAGUUAGCCCACCUACUGCACAUAAUUAGUCCUUUUUUGCAGAGUAUGGAGUAUGCAGACUGCUGAUGAAAACUCAUUCAGGUGACGGCAUGCUGGUGUGACUGAAAUAUCUUAGAAUUAUGCUGCAUGACAAUUAGUAUUACAGACCUACCUAAGUAAUAUUUUCCAAUCGAGAACAUAUUUUAUAAUUUCGGUUAAAAUUUCACGAGAUAGCCCAUCUACUGUAGUUUCCGGUCGUCUGACGUAGCAUGGGCCAUCAUCACUCGACACCGUCGUGGAGUUGAAAAUUGAUGAUUAAUGCGGGGGGUGGGAGGAGGGGAUGCCCACCUUCAUUUUCAAAAGGCAAAGUGAAUAACCAUUCCGCUGAACUGUCCCACGUUCUCUCUGUCCUGCCGGUCACGACCCAAUCAGAUUUGGAACACUGCGGUUUAUGCGUUCUGGCCGCGUUAGUUAAAAGCCUGUGGGGCCGAGAGCGCCGUUUUCGUGCCCAUCAGUAACUUCAACCCUGACUACUGCUAAGCGUCUAGGUAGCUUCUCGCUGAAUAGCAAUCAAAAAUUCUCCGCUUUCAAUCGACGUGGAUUAUUCAAGCACUCGAGGACAUCCUACUUUGCCCUUAUUAACCUUCUCUUCUACUGACAGGCAGCGGGCUGGUACCCUCGCGGAGAGGUGACGACCUCGUUCGAGACUGACCAUCUCUGUAUGAUUUUGCCUCCACAGCAGAGGUUUGUUCAAUUUGCGGAAAAUGCAAAAAUAAAAGCUCGGUAUUUUGCUUGCUCCACUUAGCUUAUUUUGAAAAAUUAAACCUGGGUUUGCAAGAAGGCUUUUGCGGAAUAUAAACGCUAGUUCCCACCCCCUUGAAAAAUCCACUUAGAUUUUGACGCUUCAAGAACACACACUGGCUUACGGGAUGUUUAUAAGCCCAUGAAAAAUUUUACUUAUCGCUCUCUAAAAAAGGAAAGUUGGAUCGCUAAUGUUUGUGAUAGCAGCAAAUAAUUUCCAUGAUGAUAGUAUCCUAAUUAAUAUUAUGUCAUUUGUUAGAUCUCAAUGCGGACUCCUACCACCCAACUUCCUCACUAUAAGAGACAAUACUUAAGGAGCUCGCAUUCGAUUGCGCGGGAGGAGAGUUUAUAGACUCGCUACUUUUGCCGAAAAAGCCAGAAAUGACCACUUCUGUCGCCCUUGUCUUUUAAGUAGCACAUUUUAAAGUCCAUUUCUUCUGUUGUGAAAGCAGGACGCGCAUGGCCUGCGAGAUAAGGGUAUAAAAUUCUAGAACGAAGUCAAUAUCCUCUUAUCGAGCUCAGAUUAACAAAAGGCAAUCUGGCCUACCGUCGGUUAGAAGACAAUGGAACUGGUUAAAUUGUACGCAUUUAAUGAAGAUAAUCGUCGAAUGCGCUUGGUGACAGGCUUAUAGAGGAGACUCUGAUUCGUGUCUGUUGAUCAACCAGUGCUUGUGUGGCCUACGGGAGGCGACUUGAAACGCCGGAUCAGUCGCUGUUUGCGAUCUAGCCCCCGCUUCCUUUGAUCCAGUAUUGACAGUAUCUCACAGUAGAGAGGGAGAGAAGGAUGGGGUGGAUAAUGUGAAGCACUCGUUUAGGGUACUGAAUUUGAGAGGCGAAGGCGUAGCAACACUCGUGGUUUGUACGGUCGUUAAUUAACGAACUACCCAGGUCCGUGGAGCCAGGGGCCAGACUUGAUCGCUUUUGAUUAAGGUGGCCUUACCAUCGAAGCGCAUGGAUAUGGUGUUCGAGGCAAUGGAAUUGCAGUUUGGAAUGACUUAGUGACCAGCGCGUGCGUAACACGCGUAUUCGGGAACCGAAUGCUCUGCUGCGCGGGAGGUACCUAUCCGCGUGCCCACCCGGGCCAAGGAGCAGUCUGCGACAGGUCCUGCUUACCGCGUCUUUAACAGCGAGGCGUAUGGAUACGGUACUCGAACUUAUGAAGUAUUGUUUGGGAUGCUAGAGGGAGCGGUGCAUUUGUGACACGCAUGGUCGACGACUGGGUGUUCUGCCAGUCUCCGCGUCCGCGCUCAUCUCAGGGAAUUUCAAAUUUGCCUUACCAUUGGACCACCGUGGGUGUGGGGAGGGCAGGGGUGAGUUUUCUGCAGCGCCAAUGCUCCUCACUCACGAGAGCCCAAUCGAGAAAUAGGACACACUGCUCUCCUGACGAUCUGGCAUUAGAUGAUAGGUUUUCCGGAGGAACUGUCAGGGGUUCAGAGCUACCUGGCAUACAUAUCUUCCGAAACUUUGCGUAUUUCCUUUCACCUCACUCCAAAUAAACAUCAAGGGAGUACAGCAAGUUAGAACAAGUCUGUAUACCGCCAAAAUCUAGAAAAAGGCAUAGAAAAUACAUUCAACUAGUUACUUACGCACAAUAUUUGCGUAGGCCUUUCCAAAAGUAACAAAUUCGUACUUUAAGGCUCAAAAGUAUUUACUUUUGUGGAGUACAUGAUACUAUAAAGACAUUACUUCUUCAAAAUGAAUUGUGAAUUGGAACUCCUUGUCAAUUCUAUUCAAGAAAUGUCGUCAAUUUAGUAUUAGCAUUGAAGCUCUAGAAGACCUGCGGCCAAUCCCACUAACAACUGGUUAACAGGCUCGAAUGAUCAACAAGCGCCAGGGUUAUAGAAGAGAGCGUGAGAUCGCCUCACAGCACAAAAAGGCAUUCCUCCCCACAAUAAAUCUGACGCACUUGAACCUGCAACGAUGCGCUAAUUGUCGUUGCUUUGAAGGCUGUCUGCCUUUGGAAUAACUCGGUUCUCUUGGAAUUAUUUAAGAGUAACCGAAGGACUGACGGUCGGGCCGCGUUGGCUCUUGAACUCGCCCUUAAUGGCGCUGUGGCGCGUGUGAGAUCUGAGUCGUCCUCACAGAAGUCUGGGGAUCGUGUGCUGUAUCACGCGUGAAAGAGCUGUGGGGCUUUGUCAGCCACUGUUCACAAGCCCACCUGCGGUUUCAUUGGCAUUAUAUUGCCAUCGACGAAAAAUGGAUGAGACAAGAGAUAGUGCGAUGGAUGCUGCGCAAGUCUACUUCACUGGAAAUUAAUUUAUGCGCAUGCCACUGGUGCUGCGCCUAGUCCCUUGGGCACACGUGUCUAAUGCUUUGAUAGACCGUGGAGUCAAAUCGCAUGAGGCCCUGUCUGCAUGAAUUUAGCUUAUCUCACUUGAUGCGAAUACAAUCGGCCCAGCAAGGCCAAUUUAAAAAAGGUAAUUGGUUUGCGACGGGCUGUUAAACCGGAAAUGUUUUUUUACUACCAAAACGACAUGGUUAAUGGAGGCAGUUUUGCAAAUGGAGGUCAUAAUAUUAUGAAUUGGGUAGUUCUUUAUUCAUUUCGGAGCUCAUGCCUGAGUAAUUAUGCCCUUUAUCAUCGUUUGAUAAACAUGGAAACGUCUCAAAUUACCCACAUCCGUCAGUCCCCCUUUGCACUUUCCCAUACGAAUUAACAUUUCAAGAUUUCUUCCUUUGAGGUAACACACAUAAAAAGAUAUUUCAGAAUUCUGAGUGAAGCAUUUAUUCUGCAUUUCAGAACUACACACCAGUAUCGCACCUUCCGGGCAGAAUACAGUCGCUGGAAGUGGUCUCCGUUCCCGCAGAAUACCUCAGUGGCCAUUUCGGUCUGGAGGUGGGAAAUUCCGAGGUUGUGCCGAUUGCCCUGGCUGUCUGCCAGGGUCAUCAAAGCAGUGUUCACAUGUGUCUUGCCUAUUCUGGAACGCCCUUCUGUUGUGCAUUAUCCAAACAAGCCAUUCGCCAAGCCCUAUGGGAAUGGAGAAAUGACCGUCUGUUUGUGCUGCACGAGGUGAGAAUCGAGAACUGGCUGACUGAGUGGGAGCAGUCAUGUUAUUAUGACUAAUAUGUCGAUCCUAGAAUGAGCUUUAGCUAGAGACUUAAAAACUAUUUAUAGUCGUAAAGGGACUGCUUAUUCCGUCGGUUUCUGAAGACUUAUCCGAUAAUCUAAAAACCACAAAAUUUUGUAAAGUGUCGCUUUUUAAUUUCCUCAGAAAUUAUCUACGAAGUUGAGGUAUAUCGGCUUAUUCAAGAUCUAUAGGCUCAAACGGAGAAUUUUAUGUAUGAAUAUUUGGGCCAAAGUCCAUCAGCCACAGCGCGUAACCGCGUAAUAUUCCUUAAUUGUCGACAGGCAACUAGUAAUUUACAGUAGAUAGGCUAACUCAUGAAAUUUCAACCAAAAUUCCGAAAUGCCUCUUAGUUUCGAAAAGAUUAAGUAGCGUUGUAAAACUGGUCAGCCUGCGACAUAAUUCUGUAAUAUUUCUGUUACCUCAGAAUGUCAGCUUUCGAACGAACUUCCGUUCGGCUGUAUGCAAAAGCUACGCUCUGUAAAAAGUGACUACUUAUGUAGCAUGACUGUUUCUCACUGAUUUUCGUUUCCCCUAAACGUCCAAUUAUAUUUCAUAAAAAAAAUGCAUAAAAUUAUCAAUUCUUUCGCCCAUUUGGUAGACAAUUACGCCUUCUUCCUAUUUUAUACUCGAGGGAAGGCUAUAGUUCAGUUUUCAAAAACUUCUUCAUUUCCCGAAUAAUUUUGAACCCGCUCUACCGUUACACUUGAAUUCAGGGUUUCCAAACUACAAGCCGUAUAUUUUCCGCGUACGGAGAACGACAUGUUUCUCUACGGCAGUAAGGGGGACCAAAUAUAGGGUUCAUAAAAUUAGGCAAUAGAUUUGAUCCAUAUUGUUAACUUUACAAGCCACAUCGGUAAAUGCAGAGACAUGGCGAUUUAUGCACGGCCAUUUUACGGUAGUUAAAAGUCCCACAAUUGGAAACCUUUUUAAAACCGAAUGAUAUCCCUCCCUCGAGUAUAAAACAGGAAGAAGACAUAAUUGUCUUCCAAAUAAGCAAAAGAAUGGAUAUCUUUAUGCAUGUUUUCCAUGGAAUAUAAUCGGACCUUUAAGGGCAUGGAAAAUCGGCGAGAAAAAUUCAUGCCACUUAAGUAGUCAUUUUUUACAGAGUGUGGUUUUAUGUGCAGCCGGAAAGAGGUUCAUUCGAAAGCCGACAUCCUGAUGUAACUGAAAUAUUAUAGAAUUAUGCUGCAGGCUGACGAGUCUUCCAACCCUACUUAAUUAAUCUUUUCGAAACGAAGAGGCAUUUCGGAAUUUCGGUUGGUACUUCAUGAGUUAGCCCGCCUACUGUACUUUAGGUGAAGGUGAUACUAUAAUAACAGGACAGGUACUAGGCUUUUGGCCUAAUUUGUGCCGACAAAUCAUACGUGUACCGAGGUCUACGCGAACCAAAACAGUGGACACCAAAUAUAUGCAUGUGGAAGUUUAUUGAACAUGUAAAAGAAAAAUGGGGUAGAGAAGUAUUUACAGGCGGCAUAUGGACACACAUCUGAAUUGGUCAGUCAAUUAAUUGGCAUUGUUACGCUGACAGACAUUGGCAUUCACGGCAGGCUCCUGUAAGAAAAAAACUCAGCUACAAUAAUGAUUCAGUAAUUCUUUUCAUUAUCACUAUUAGUAAUAUUUUUGUUUUAGUAAACGCCAUGCGUGGCGUAUCAUUUAAUUUGCUGCCACACAUGUGGCAACUCCUUAAUAAAACUUCAGCCUGCAUUUGUAUAGAGGAUCAAAGUAGAUUCCCAUUACUACCAGUUAACUAACCUAGGUUUAACGUGGUCCGGCACCCUUAUGUGGGAGACUGAUGUCUUGGACGCCAAAGCCCGAUUCCACAUAGCGAUCAUUGUAGUACUGGUUCGUCACUAUUUACAAUUCCAAGGGUUUAUAGAAGAGGCAGUGGUAAGCGGUCGUUUUGGCUAGCUCUCAACCAGCCAACACGUAGACUUAAAAAGCCAAUAUAUAGUCACAUAAAAACAUGUGUUUCACUGCAAUAACAGGAUGUGCUUUGACAAAUGUCGAUAAUUCACUUGACCCAAUUCCGAAAAACUCGGCAGCCUUGGUGGGAUCGAACCCACGACAAGAACGGCAGGACUUAAGUACGACCAACCUUCAAACACCAUAGCUACGACGGGUAGACUUAAGGGGACCCUUUGCUCUCAGAACUCUGGAACGAUUUACAAAUGGGAAUGCUUGUUCCGAGGAAAUGGAGUUUCAGGAAGAGUAUGGCUAUGAUACUGUACUUAUCUCUGCUCUGCGCCUUUCAUGCCUGAUUGUUCUGUACCACCCUAUUUUCUUAGACAUUUCUCGAAUGCCCGUUUUUCUAGGACGGCUCUCUUGUGGCCUUCUCAACACGGUGUUCCCCAUGCCAAUCUCUGAUUACUGUGACGUCUGAUGUCAGGCUGUUUUCAUCACCAUCUGGCGGUUUGACUCAAACCUCCGCAGGCUUGCCGGUUAUCCUAAUUCAUGCAACAUCAAACAAGAAGUCGAGGGUUUCCGGCAGUAGCCUCGUAGUAUGUAGGACGGAUGGUAGUCUCGUUCACAUCUGCACGGAGGGCGGAGGUGUCCUGACAGUCGCAGUUGGUCAAGCGGACACCAGUUUUCAAGAGACACGGCAACCGGGUAGGCCCCAAUGUACCAAAAAUAAACAUACAAGCUGCUCUACUUAGUCUUAUAAAGUAGCGUCAGUCAUGUGGCUCGUAUGUAUUUUAGAUUUGGAAUAUACUGGUGUGCAUGCUGAUCGCCAGAUUGCACCUAACUCGACAGUCUGUCUUGGGAAGUUUUUUGAAAAGGAGGAAUACUUGUCCGCCGACACCACUGGUGCAAUCAGAUUCUGGGUCGCUUCUCAGGACGGUAUCCGUAGCGUCCGACGGCAAACCUACGUUCCCAGUUUGCGGCCAGUAAGCAACCGAAAAGUUCUGCGUCCUCGGAUGCUCACUUCAAAGGGCAUUACUCAGCCAACCUUUGUCUCGCAUCUUGCAGCGUCUGGACGUUAUAUUAUGGUCGUGGGAGCCAAGGAAGGAGACGAUAUUUUCCCCGUCAUCAUAUGCGAUACUCUUGACGGAAGCCAACUUGAUCACCCUCCAUCAGAAGGUGAAACAUGCAUCAUUUUGGUUAGCAGGGAAGUAGCGAUCCCCUCAUUAUCUUUCUCAUACAAAACAGUUCUUGCUGCUCUUCUGACUACCAAUAGAGUUAGAAAUAGUGUUUUUGACAGCCCUUUUUCUGGAUGUUUUGCGUAACUCUUGCUGGGCGUUUCGUUUCUCAUAAAACUAUUCAUUACAGCUGGUAUGACUUACUGCCGAUGACUUAAAUUUGUGGACUUUGUGUAUAUAGUUCUUAAAAGUGACUGGACGCGGAGUAGCGGGCCAACGAUAGGAGAAAACACAAAUAAUAAGUGGAUUUCACUUUGAAGAAAUAGGGUAAAAGCCGAACGUCGACUAAAAAGAGAUUGUGUUUGAACGGUUAUAAGUGACAAUUUCUGCCAACUCCAUCAUGCUACUGCCGCCUCUCAUGUGUCAGGCCUGAAGUUUGAAUCCCGACCACAAGAAGGACGUGCGCAACCGGCGAAGCAGGGAUCUAUUGCGCCCAAUGGACUGGGGCAGACCGGAACAGUUUUUUUAUUCACACGUAUAUAAUUGACCAGGUGUGAUGCAUAUUUAGGAAAAUAAACAAAUGCCACACACGAUGAAGACCAAAUACUUGGCCUCGACUUCUGUUGCCAAAACGCGCCUGCUUAUUUGAUUUAAGUAGGCAUGUCGUGUUAGAGUUACAUUUACAGUGAUGAGCAAGGUUAGCGUUAGGGCUAAAGUUAUAUCUUGCAUGCCGUCUUAUCCGGCCCGUCUUUCAUCCGUUCACGAGCUCUUAGGUAUCAUCUUUCAAAUUGCGCUGUCUAUCCCGACGCCUUGUUGGAGUACUCAAACGUAUGGAAGAAAUGCGAGUCUCCUUAGUGCCUUCCACGGAAUUUUUAAUUACUACUUCUGUCUGUCACACGCAUUAAACCUCUAGUGACAUCCUUCUUGUAUUGCAGAAGUCUCUGUGCUCCAUGAUUUCGGCGAGACUGCAUAUUCACCUCUUGACCCGCAAACUACUCACUUAAAUGCACGAAAUGGGUCGCUUUAAGAGCAAAAUAAAUUAUAAAACCGAAAUUGUAUGCAUUUGUUACUCACCAAUCGAUAAAUUUAUCCUCCUUUUUGAUUACGAUGUCAAGUCUUAUUGAAAAAUUGAAGCAAACCAUUACGAUGUGAGCGGCAAGCAUUCUAUCCCACACCUUGGACACGAAAAGUCUCGGAAGUCCGAGAGGAAGGCUCUAGGGCUCAGAGGUACUAGCCUAAAUACUAGCCCAUAUUUUCUAUUCCAAGAAGUUUUGGUCCGUGUGACUACAUGACCACACCGCCUCCGACCGGGCGUGUGUCACGAAGGGCUCCGUUCGGAAAGGAGAUUAUUUCUGACAGGUUCAGCAAGUUCUGAUGUGUCCAACGAGGAGGACUGGGCUAUAAUGCCUAAUCCAGGGACCAUUUGGUCCUCAUCUAGAACUAUUCAGCCAAUAAGAUGAACGAUGCGUUAAGAUCGUUUGAGACCACGAGGUAGAAUGUCAUCAAGUUGACCUGACUACCGGUUCUGACAUUGUCGAGUACAACCUCUCCCCUGUAAUGUGUCUGUCAAUCCUGCGCUUAAAGAACUGAUCGAAGGAUAAGUACAUUUUGCUCAUGAAGGGGGUGACUGCAAGGUUUUCUUCAGAUUCUUCAAAAUCUGUUUUGCCUAGUUCCAACCCGGGACACAGCGGACGAUCUGCAAUUGGGACGUUUUUAGUUUUAACUAAAAACCGAACCCAACCUGCCUUUUUACAAUGUCCCGGACGGUAUGCUUUCCAGCCUUGAGUUCCCUGACCGCUGCUGUAUGGACCGAACUCUAUUGUAUACUCCGAUCUGACGUUGACCACGAGUUUGACGUUAGUGAUCGGUGGCUUCCUUUCUGACACAUCCCAAGCUCCUUAAUUCUUUUUUGCAUUUAAGUAUGUUGUCCAGAAGACCAAAAUUUGCUCAUUAUGUCUGCAAACUGCUUUGGAUUAUUGUGAUCUACCUUCUCCUGGCUUCCGUGCUGCAGAGCAACCUCGAAACAUAUUUGCCCAUAAUUAUUUUUUUCGCAGUUUCGGUCGUGUUUAAAAGAAAAAACGGAAAGACUGGGCAAUAAUUGUCAAACCCAUGCUGACUUUAAAUUAAUUCUAACAUUAUAGGCCUCAUAGAACAUUUCAACUGAAUACGCAGAGUCUGAAGCAAGGAGUGAUUUACUGCGCCUAGGGAAUCUGGUGUCGUUAAUGUCGCCAUAAAUGCUAGUAUGCACUUAGGAUUCAAGUCACUGUGACUUUUUCCUCUUAAUUUUACGCAGUUUCAGCUUUGCUGAAUUGCUUCCUGACCUCGAUAACAGAAAUAUUUUCAUUACUGGCAAAAUCCGUGCUUUUUAGUCUCCACAGUCAUAAAAGCUGAGCAUGCGCUUUCCUGGUACAAAUGUAGUGGUUAUUGCUGGAAGCAGUGCUAGCAGCAGUAGUACUAACCGGAUGCCGGACAGCAGUGUUUCAAAUGGAAGCUGGUGUUUAGGAGUCCUGACGUUUACCAGGGGGAGGCAGAACUUGACAUCUCGUCUAUUGUACAAAACAACAUUAGGAACAGAACAGUAGCAAUGCCUUUCCUCAAGUUCGAACGAAUGACUAAGAACGCGUUGUUUCUCUUUAAAGGCGUGAUCCUUAACUAAAGGUCCGUGUAAAUAACCAAAUCCUGCCAUCCCUGAACUUGGCCCAUGGUUUAAUACGGUCUGGCGUACUACAGGACACAGUGGAAAUCCGAGUCACUAUGACUCAACGAAGUUAUCAUACGAGCAGAAAAUUCUGCGGAAGUGAGUCAUCUGCCGCAACUGACAUGCCGACUUCAUGACCACGAAAGUCCUAAACCAUAUCAGAGAGUUGAUCUUGCAUCACUGAUAAAGUGCGCUUGCUACCUUAUUUCCUGGGGUAGUUGGGGACAUUUAAAUAAUUUUGGACCCGUGAGAGACAACAAGGAAUACGAUGUGAUCUGCGCAACGCCUAAUUAGAGGUAGUUAAAGUAAAUACCCUAAUUGGUGUUUGGGUGAACUGGAGUCCACGUUUCGCUGUGCGUUUCCAUCGAAGGCGUUCCCUAGCCAACUACACAAAAGAAGUAACGUAAGUGUGCACGCGCUUGACGUGCGCUGGUGUGGACUCCAUUAAAGUCCACGAGUUCGUUGGUUGACUUACUCUCGAUGAUAUCGCGUAUUACAUACAGGAAUGCCAACGCUCCCGUUGGUUCCAACAAGACGUAAGCUUCUGUGGGGAUUAAUUUUCCUGGACGAAAUGCGCCUGCAUGAGACUUCAAUUAUCGUGAGUUCUCAGGGUCACGUUUCAUUCAUGUCCCAGUGUUCGCACUCGUACAAUCCCAAUUCACACAAAAUUACCACUACUGAUGGCCUGGUAUUGAAUUUUAGGAGGGAGAACUGGCUAUAACUGUAUCUAGUCAUUCUUUUGUUGCAGCUCACGUCAAGCCCAUCGUUGACGUGACGAGUGUUCGACUUCGGGCACCGGACAGCGACACUGGUGGAGCACAGAUUCUAUUCUCUACGAUUGCGCCAGGCGAUGUCGAAGGGCCCGUUCGGAUCUGGACUCCUGAAUUCCACGAGUAUGUUUGAUUUUAUAUCGGUGUCUAUUUAUCUACGUGUGCAGUGUUGCCAUAACUUUGCAGGUGGCAAGUGCUUUGGGUGGUGGAAAGUUAGACGUACACUAAACAGGCGGCUGGGGAUUCGGGAGGGUGCUCACGGCAGAUUUCACGUCGACGUAAGUGCUUGAAGGGAAAGGUGCAUAUGAACUCAACCUUCGCUUCUCGACAGUUCAACCGUCGUUGCCAAUGAUGUCUUCCGUGUGGUCAACAACAGGGUGAGAGCAAAGACGAAUUAAUUUGGGGUGGUUGUAAACUUGCGUAGCAUCUACCGCACUCUCUCGCCCCCCCCCCUACUUGAAUCCGGUGUCGACGGAGUCAAAACGACCGGAAGUGGGAGAGGGCGCAGCUGGCUAGCACGCCGAAAACGCGCACCUAGGCGUACCACGCAACCCUCUGAUCCACAGCGGACAAUGACCAGGAUUUUAUACCACAACAAAAAUGGGGGUGGUACGGGUCGCAGUUGGCGCGUCGUGAACCAGCAACUGGUCCUGCCGCCACACCCAGAGUUCUGACGUAUAUUAUUGUUGCGCAUUUUCAAUAACUUUCAACACUGGACGCGGCAUCCACUGGAUCCCGUGAUGGCGUCAAAGGCAUCGCUGUUCUAAACUGGUCAUCAUGGUCCGUUUACAGUUGAAUGGAAGGCUGUGAGUUGAAGGACUGACUGUGGUGGUUUGGGUUAGAUUGCCUUCUUGCUAUUUCCUCCAUAGGCAAAGGUUGUGGCUUUGAGGCCAUCGACUGCCGUACGUAGGGUGGUUGAGCAAUACCGUUUCAAGGGAAGGAUCAUGGUUUCCUGUUUGAAGUUCACUUCUCUCAUACUUCGUUUUCAAUCAGGAAUAUGACGGAGACCAGAUCACGGCACAUUCCGUUGAGUCAUUUGAGCCCGGACGCUGCUGGCAUUCAUCGGUUUAUGAGAGGCGUGUGCACAGUUGGUGUGCUAACUCAUGCAAUGUUAACCGGGAUUCUGAAAUGCGUUUUAGACUCGAAAAGAUUACUUACGUAGGGUUGCAAUAUUAAUUACCUUGAAGCAUAACCCUAUGAUAAUUCAGUUACUUCAAGAUGUUGACUUUCUGAGGAACGUCUUUCCGGCAGCCUGCAAAAACUGCGCUCUGCAGAAAAUGACUACUAAAGUAGUAUGAAAUUUUAUCAUUGAUUGUCGAUGCCCAUAUGAAUUUAAAUAUAUUUCAUAGAAAACAUGCAUAAAAAUAUUCAUUCCUUUACUCAUUCGGUAGAAAAUUGCGUCUUCUUCAAACUUUAUACCUGAAGGAAGGGUACAAUUCGGUUUUAAAAGUUUCUAAUUACGAGAUUCUUUUGGGACAUUGAAAUGCCCGUCCAUAAAACACCGUGUCUCUACAUUUACUAAGGUUGCUUGCAAAGUUUGCAAUAUGACUCAAAUCCACUGCCAAAUUUUACGAACCUCACAUGAUCUUCUUUCAAUAACAUAUAGAAAUUCAUGAUUUUCCUUACACGGAAAAUAUACAGCCCGUAAUUUAGAAACCCUGAAUGCAAAUGUAAGGGCAGGUCGGAUAGGAAAUUAUUUAGGAAUUGAAAAGGUUUUUUAAACCGAAUUAUACCCUUCCUUCAAGUAUAAAGUUUGUUCAAGUGCAAUUCUCUCUCCCAUCUCAAAAAUAUUGAGAACUGCCGCUACUGACUAACUCGGCUAAUUUCCUGAAUACAGAAUACACUUAUAUUAUUCUGCAGAAGUCUAGGAUGCCAAGGUAACCUCGUCUAGAGACUCACUGUCUAUCGAGGUAGGACAUGACCCCUAAGUUACUGCUUCGCGUCAUCUGCGGAGGUAAUUGUGGCUGCUGGGCAUAAACCACGAGAUUAAACUACAGCGAACAUGCAUAAGAUCCAUUCUGUCAAGAUUCGAGUUCUCUCAGUCUGACAGGUCGGAUAAUCCACUUUCCUCUAGUUACUUUAAUGAUCAGAUGACCAGAUAAUUCUGGUCGCACGCAAACUAACUCGAUACAAGGUAGGCACGCCAAGUGCAAACCAAUAACCAAUAGUUAAAGCGGGAACAGGAUAAUCUUUAUUUUAUCCCCAUCGUCCUAAAAAUGGACGGCGAAAUGUGCAAUUUACUUUCCUCAUCAGAAUUUCCAGUGAGAGAUACUAACAUUGUCUCUCACAUAAAAUCAAGGACCUACGCAUCAUCAUGUGACUUCCAAUUGGCGAGGAGAAAACGAUGCUCUGACGUCAGGAGGUUCCGUUAACUUUAACUGAUGGUCGACGCUUUCUCGUUGUAUUUGUGUGUUAGACGGAGGAAUUAUUCAUUCUUGGCAUCAGACAACCUGAGAAGAAGGGAUUGCUGACCAAAUGGUAGGCGACUGCAACGCCCGAAUGGACAGCGUGGCGUCCAGCGCUGAUCUGCAGUCUGUGCGGAAGUAUCAACAGGCUACCUUGCCGACACUGGUUAUCUAUCCUUCUUACGGGAAACAAUCAGGACACUGCAACAGAUAUCCGGUGGAAAAACCGCAAGUGCAACUUGAUUUUAAAGUCUACAGACGCAAUAUUCUUAAGCACAUGGGCAUACUGACCUAAAUAUUCCCAGAAAUGCAAAGUCAAGAACAACUCCUGUAGGACUCCAAUGCCGCUAGCGACGUGCACAUCGACAGUCGGAACGAAGGCCAGCAGUGUUUACUGAUCACUGGCCCAUCUCCCUUAGAAUUGCUGACACUCUUCUUGGCCGUAUAAAUUAUCCCCUGGCACAAUGCUUUCUUCCACAGACACAGUUCAGAUCCCAGAGCCAUCGUUGCACAUCCGAUGUGGGCUUCACUGCGAGACAGUUUCAGGAAAAGUUUAGAGAAAUUAGGGCUAGCCUCGACAUGACGGCAUGCUCACCCGCACCAUGGGUAAUAAUUUAACUUCGGCAGCCUGCACAUUAAUAAAUAGGGUGAAACAGGGUUGCGGCCUUGCACCAAAUCUCUUGAUCUCAAACUGUCUGCCGUACGGAAUGCACAUCUACGACACGAACACAUCCUGGGAUGCCACCAGUUAGCGAACCGGUGGUAAGUUGGAAAACACUAAUCAUACUCAGGCUGUCAUGCAAAGUUCCAAUUCUCGGGCACUUCACCCUGUCUUCGCUAACGAUAACGUAUUAAGAACUGUAGUGGAGACGGACAUGCCAUAAGCUGCGCAUAUGCUUGCCCGCAGAUACACCAAGCUCGGAGUAAACACCAUACAGAGAAAACGGCCUAAAUGCGCUAGUCAACACUAGUCCUCCUACCAUUGUGAAGCAUUUCUCUUAGUUGGGAAAAUUCAGCCUAUGCAACGGCACAUUUAACGAGGAGAUGGCAGAUUCCAUCUUUGGGGCCAGUCGGACUUACCCUUUACUACCUCAUACGGAAUCACCGGACAUUGGCCUCAACGUCAGACUGAAUGUAUACAGAGGACUGUGCUUCUGAAUGCGCUCCUCUACGGAUCAAAUACUACUGUGAAUACAACAAACAGGCAAGGAAAUUGGACGACCUACAACCGAGCGACCUUGGGAGGAGACCGAACGUGAGGUGAAAAUGACAGAUCCCGGACUUCAAGGCAUGCUCAGCAUCUCUGAAGCACCGAAACAGAUCUGACUUCUCUGGGUUGACCAGCUGAUGAGAACUGGUGGACGUCUAUUUAAGCAGCUUCCCUAUGGUGACUUCGUCACAGUUGUUUGUCGAUAUGCGGCCAAAAAUAUCGUUCGAAGGACGAUCGAAUAACUCCUUGAAACGCUCCAGUAGUAACACUGAGAACAAUGAAAUUUCCAGGCAUGACCGACGAGCAUGACAGUCUCUAGUGGAAACUAAGAAAACGGUUUUUGAAGCUAUAAUGGUUAAGGAGACUAGGUGAAAGUUUCAGAAACUUAAAGACAGAAUGUCCUAAACAGCCCUGCUAAGGUCCAGUUUCUUCUCACAUGCCACAGUGCCAGUGCUCGGACUGGUCAUGGACAUAUUCCCGUCGCUACAAUGACAACUCUGACAAAGUAAAUGUCAAAAAUAGAAUCAUUUAAGAAACCGAUCAGUACCUAUCCUAGCGGGUCACCGUUAGGUCUUCGCGGACACCUUCAUUCAGCGGCAAUCGGACGCCAAGAACAGAAAAGAAACGACAACAGUGUUAUUUCAGUGUCAUAAUGUCCCCACUAUUAUCGUCCAUUUUGGUCACGCGCUAACUUGGUCAGACAUUCGCGAAUUCAUAGUAUUACGGGCGGUAGAACUCUGUCAAAACCGCAGGUCAAUCACUGACAACUCUUCCCACGCUGUCCACAAUUCGCCUACACCUUCAGGUGCGGUAUUGACCUGUCCCAUCGUAUAAAAAGGCGUGAAAAACCCUCGAUAAGUUUUCACCCACCACCCAUAGAGCAUCCGCUCUGUUGCAGUUCGAUAACGAUGGACAAACUACUGUCAUGUAGAAUCAAGGUUUUUUGACUGGCUUCGGGAAUCCUAGUACUCUAUGUGAAGUACGUUUGAUGUUUAGCACUGCACUCCUGGCUUGAGUUUGGGAAUCCAGGGAAGAGAACGAACAAAACCAACUCCUUCUUCCUUCCAGAGCGCACUCUAAGACUGAAAAAGUACACACACAUAUGCCACCCUAUGUCCAUUAGUCUGCCUUUUGGAAGACUGAUGAGUCUUUGCAAGUGAAUGUAAAUCUAACAUUACGGCUGUCAUGGCGGUUGUUUGGUUCACUCGGUCGACAUAUAGGAGCGACUAUUUCAGUUUGAGGAAAAUGUUUUACUUUGCACUGAAUUUGUAGGGUCAUCGAACCAGAUCUAUUUUCAACUCGGAAGAGGUCCAGCACAGGUAGGAAGAAGGCAGUAAGAUCCGGUGUCUGCCGUCUUCUCAUGAAGAUCUCCAUUCCGGAAUCCACUAAUUUAAGCGCAGUGCGGUUCCUAAACAGCUGGGGAGACCUGAUGCUAGCCUGGGGCAGGAACCUCUGCGUCCUUCCCUGGCAGGCGUUUAUGCCGCGAUUUCUCCACAAAAAUCUUCUUUUGCAGACGGCCUUUGGAAGGCACUCGGAUACCGACAUAGCAACACUCAGCAGGUCUAACCUCUACGACCAGGCUGUACCGCCCCCGAUGCCCUCCUACCCUACCGACUGGCUACGCACUGCGUCCGAUCAAGAACGUAUUCUGGUAACACCAGCUCUUGGUCCCCUUUUACUGUGCUUAACCAUCAUAGGCGUCUACCCAGUGACUGCAAGGGAUCGUAAUGUUUGAACGAACCCAGAAGCUGGUGUAAAAUUGUCUUCCAAGAGGCAGAACCUGAAUUCUGUUAAUUCAGAAAGGCCUGCUGCUGGGUAAAAUAGUAGGCCUGACUACGCCAAAUGAGGGAUUCCGUUUGUGAGUUGUACUGCGUUCACUCAAAAUGAGCAGAUUCUUGUCCCAGGAUCAAGAUCUAUCUAGUGGCAGACCCCAAUUUUGGGGUUUCAUUGGUUAGCGUAAGUAGAAAACUGCGGCUAAAACCGCAAUAAUUGACCAAGGAUUUUUGAGGUGGUGCUGCUGCGGGACCUUGUUCUGACCUUGUUAGAAAUGACUACGCCGAUGUGGGUUUCAGGUAGCAACUAGGAAUAGUAAGACUCGAGCUGCUAGAAAGUGAUCUCUAGUCACUCGAUAUUUCGGGAUGGUCCCUCAAAAAUAUUAUCGAAAAGCAAUUGUGAAAGUAGCGAGUUACGCACACUAAAGCCUAAUGUUCAGGUUACAUAAUACUAAUGUAACGCCUACUGAACGGUCAAGCUGUCUAUUUUUCCUCGGUAUUCGAUUUUCCAAUCCUAUAUGGAGCUUUCUCGAGGAGGACAGUUCUUCUCGUUCCCUCAAAUGAAAACUGGUUAAUACUGUCUCACAUUGGGGAGCAGAGCUACAUGGACCGAAGUCACCAAAACCUAAAAACGGUACCUGUUCACGGCACAACCCUUUAUGCCAUGUGACUGUCUACUGGGAGCUAUUCGCCCACAAAGUACCGUAAAAAAGACUUUCAAGGUAACUUUGGGCAGUUUAACCAACAUAGACUUGAAUGUCUAAUUUUCUUCUAAUUAUAGUUGACUUCAAAAAGUUUUCGGGGAAUCCUGCAACUCUAGUUUCCGCUAAAACUUGAGAUUUUAUUACACAUCGACCGUGAAACAGAACACGGAGCAUUUUGUUCAGACGGAUCGUUGACAUUAUAAGACGAUGAUUAUAAAGGGGACGGGUCUCAGACUAGUGGCGUUCAAUGGGGGAUUUUCGUUUUACUAGAAACUCGUAGACAGCAAACGGAAAUGGUUUGAAGGAGCUAAGAUCACGAAAAACCGCAGGAAGCCUCCAUCCUUUAAAAUGCCACGUUGAUGGAUUAGUUCCUUGGAGUUCUGGUUCGGCUUAGCAGGAUCUAUGGCCACAGAUUCAUCCACAGCCUUCUGAUUAAAAUUCGGACCAACCAAAUAUGUCGCUAGGAGAAGCCACUAUAAUGAGAGUACGAUGAUGAUGAUGACGACGACGACGACGACGACGACGACGCCGAAUAUGAUGAUGAUGAUGAUGAUGAUGAUGAUGAUGAUGAUGAUGAUGAUGAUGAUGAUGAUGAUGAUGAUGAUGAUGAUGAUGAUGAUGAUGAUGAUGAUGAUGAUGAUGAUGAUGAUGGAAUUCUCCGCAAAACAUGCUUAUGCAACUAG